UGAGCCACAGCCUCGCGUUGAGACUCCUCCCCGCCCGGUCCUCACCCAUCGCAAUGGAGCAACAAGUGCCCCAGUCUGGUCAAUAUCACCACUAUCUACCGCGCUUUGUCGCGCGCCGAUGGCUACAGGAGGUCAAGACGGUGACCAAGCCAGGCCGAAAGUCCAAGGGCCGUCGCAACAAGGGUCGCCAACGGACUCGAGAGUACAAGCAGGAACUUAUCAAUACGUAUGACAUACAGUCAAGCACCCUUCACAUGGGCACGACCGAUCUCGGCAAGACCUUCGGUAUCGUCGACAUGUACAAGGACGAUGCAGACCUGACCGACGUGUAUCGCGUCGAGAAGGCGUUCUCCAAGCUCGAGAGCGAUGCUGCGCGUGUCUUCCAAGUCUUGGAGGAUGCCGAGAAGCGGGGCCGCUCCUCUGUAGAGCUGGUCCGCUCACAGCUUAAUACCCUCCGGAAGUUCCUCUUCCUCAUGCACUACCGUAACGGAACACACGCUCGUCAGUUCAUCGAAGGCCACUUUGACCCAGCGUCCGCGCGCAUGGUGGAGCAGUACAGAGUCAAGCAUGGUCUGGCGGACGCGCGUGCGGUCUGGCUCCGCAACCUCACCCUGCUCCUAGAAGACGAGCACUGGGAGGUUGCGACCGAUGAGCGCCUGCUGUUCACCGCGCGUAUGGAUUACAAGAUGGAAGCCUUGGACAUGCAACUCGGGUUGUACCGUGCUCCCUCCGGGACUGAAUUCGUCCUCACAGAGAACGGACUCGGCCUCGCGGAGGGUGCUCAAACACGAAUGCAUAUCAACAUGAUGUCCCUAGGUGCUCAAGGACUUUCCUUCUUCCCCCUGACCCAGUCGUUCCCCAUCACUCCGAAGCUCGUCAUCAUCUUGCGCUCGCGCCUGCUAAUAGAGGAGGCAGCUUUCGUACAGGGCGGUAUGCCUGCGGAGGAAGCUAGACGCUUGGUAUACGACGGGUUCAGUAAUGUUUCGUAUUUCGACAAUAUACCCCGGACGCCCCCAAAGAUAACGCACUACCCUCGUCUUCCGCCCGACUCUGUUGAUUGGGCACGCAGACCACCUGAAAAUUGGACUGCUGAGGACAUUCAGAAGUCAGAAGAUUACUGUAUGCGCGGUUUGCUGAACGGAGUACCUCUAGGAAGCCGUCUUCGGGAUAAAUUCGUUUUCGCCAUCGACAAUCUCACGAAGGGUCAAGCACAACGAGUUAACACGCUGCUGCUUACGCACUGCAGGGAGACCAUAUCCUUCUGCGCCCCCACAUGCCUGCUGCGAGCGAUUGGCGCAUUCGAAAAGGACAUGGAACUGACGAUCUUCGGGAAGAGACGAUAUGCAUCGCUCAAGGUGAAGCUACUAGCUGCCAAAGAAACACACUUGUCGUCCAAGCCCAAGCCCACGUCUCCGUCGGCUUCUGUAUCUCCGGAGGAGGAACACUUACCUCCCGCGCCUGCCCCUCCGGAGGAAGAAUGCUUAUCUCCCGUGCCUGCUGUCAUCCCUACCUCUCUGGAGGAAGAACGCUUACCUCCUGCGCCUGCCUCUCCUGGACCUUCCGGGUCAGUACAAACCACACAGGCUGUUCCGAUGGGUACGAGCCUGCCCGUCCUCAGAGGUGCAUUCAAGCGAAAGGAAUACUCAGUUCCUACUCCCAAUAUCCCAGAUAUAUCACUUAGCGAACCCGUUUCACUGUCCACUGUCGGCUCUCCGGAGCCGGAGCAUCUCGACGACUCGAAUGCCGAGGUCCUACGCACACCCACGCUUGCGGGCGUCGUUACGCCUGUCGACGUCGCACCCCCUGCCAAUGAACUGCUUUUGCCCCCAGUGAUCCACGAUUGCGCACCGAAUAAUCAACUCCCCCCUGGUGCAGCGAACUUGAACACGUCGGAGGUUGCCCAGGACGGCGUGCCGCCUCCAGUGACCAAAGCCGCCACGCCCCAUCCCGUCGCUGCGGGACAGCCCGUCAAGCUCGAUGCAGCCCUUCCCGGCUUACGAGGCGCGUUCAGGCGCAAGCCGAAUGUGAUUGCCAAAGGAACACCAGGUUCGAUUGGGACUCAAAAGCUGCUAGCGAGUCCUGCGCGUCCCCCGGAGCCCCCAGUAUCUGAGUCGCCUGACUGGGAAGCGGGGUCCAAGGCUCAGGCCGACAUCGACACUGCUAGCGCAAUCGACGGCGUGGUCACGGCUGUCGACGACAGUCUGCCCGUGUCGGAGUCAUCUUUCGAGACGUCUGCGGAGACACAGGGCGGCUCGGAACCGGACACAACCAAGCUUUGGGGCGGGUUGUCGGCCGAGGAAGACAUUGGGGACGAAACGAGAGCCAACGCCGAUGGUUCUCGGCAUCACCGCUACGGGGACGAACAGUGGGCAAGUCCCUCUGAAGGGUUAUUCUCCAUUAUUGCGACUGCGCUUGCAGCGAAAGCAGUGGACUGGUUCUUCGGGGGACUGUAACAGAUUUCGGGUAACAUCUAUAGAAAGUUCAAGGUGGCCCAAUGUCGAAUAUUUGUGCUAGUAGGAGCCAUCAGGUCGAGAUACUUACCUUAUGCUUGACGUCUUCACGGACGCAGUUUUCCACCAGACCACAAGAAUGCGUGU